CUUGAACAAGAUCUGCGGAGCGAUCCUCCCUGCCAUCCCCGAGCGUGCGCAAUCCAAAACUGUUUGACGAAAAACGGCUACGACGAGGCUAAAUGUGCCCAGUUCGUCGACGCGCUCUAUGAGUGUUGCCAGGCCUUCUAUGAGAGAAACGGCGACAACGCAGCGACCGUCAGCUGCCCCAAGCCAAAUCUGCUGCGGCUGAAGAUGGAGCAGAGGAAACGGGGCGUCCGGUGA